CCUUAGAUCUCUUUCCCUUUUCUCAAAAAAUCAAACUGAUUUCUUCCUUUUCGUUCUAUUCGCUCAGUUCUGAUCAAUUUGAAUUUCUUCUCUGUUUAUUUCUCUCAUCCCCCCUCAGUUUUCAAUUUCUUCUCCUUUAGCGUUCUCACUUUUCUCUUCUCUUUGAUUGUAGUACUGGAUGCACUCAUGCAGAUUCCUUUUGCUGCAUGUGUGACCAAGGUGCUUGGUUUCUCUUGUCAAUGAGUGGCAGAAUGGUGGUUUACCCUUCCUCUACUGGGACAUGUAUACUAAAGGUGGGAAUGGUAUAUGUUGACAGUGCUGUUGCUUCCUACAAUAACCAAUAAGAAGUGAAGCAAGCAUGAGGAAUUCCAACUUGAGUUGUGAUCAUUUAAAUAUAGCCAAGCAAAGUUGCAAUUUCUUUUUGGUAUGAGAUAAAUAUUGAUUAAGGUUUAGUAUCAUCUUAAUUUGUUGAUUGCAGUGCCAGUGGCAAAAUAAUUAAUUUACCAACUCUCUUUUUUUAGUGUAAUUUUAGCUUGCCUUUCUAGUAUGCCUAUGUCACUUAAAGGUGAAAAUGUAUGCUAAGCUCCUAGUUACCCAAAAGCACUAGUGUUUUCCUAUGGGUGCACUUUUUAUUAUCUUUUUGAUGUGAAGUCAUCUUUAAAAGAAAUGCACAUUCAUUUGGUUGUGUUUCCUUAUGGCAUGCUCUGUUUUGUGGCAAGAAAGAACAGGAUUCCAAGCAUUUGUGCUUAAUGUGUGAUUAGCUUGUAGCUUAUAAAUGAAGAGUUUUCCUUGGUGAGGUGGAAAGGGGUCUCAACAACAUUAAUUUGAGUUUAAGUUAAUCUGUCUACUUUUGGUACUUUUGGACAAGGGGCAUAUAGAAAUUGAAUGAAAGACUUAUUAGUAC